UCCAUACUUAGUCUAGGUGUCUGGGGCUCCCACCACUGCUCCUCAAGACCAGGCAGGGCGGAGAGAAAGACUGGAGGCACCGACUGGUACUUUGCCAGUGGUCCACUCACUCAACUGCGUUAUCAGGUUCACAAAUGUUGCUUAAUUUGGAAGUCCCGGAAGUUUAGGGUUAUCUGCGCGAUUGACUGACAGGGAGGCUGGGUGAAGCGGCAGACGUAGGAACGAAUCAACCCGGGACAUUACAAAAGCGAAAUAAAACACUACGCCAGGAUUUGAUAGGGACCUAUCGAAGGACCGUCGCCAUGGAAACGCUAGUGCAGCGGCUGGAGCAGGCCGUGAUUCGUGUGGAGCAGGUGUCCGUCAACAUGCAGGUGUCCAAUGGUAUGGCCAACGGGGAAUGUAACGGGAUCAACGGAGGUCAGUCCCAGUGUAUGGAGGCCUUUGACCUGCUGCUGAUGGGGCCGUUGUCAGAGUACUUGAAGAAUAGCCGUGCCAUAGGAGAGGAUGUGGAGAAGCAUAAUGGGACCACCACACACCAGGAGCCUGCCCAGAUGGAGCUGGCUGACCUGCUAAAGCCUAUCUCAGAGAAGAUCCAGGAGAUUCAGAACUUCCGGGAGCGUAACCGUGGCAGUAGCCAAUUCAACCACCUAUCAGCUGUCAGCGAGAGCAUCCCAGCGCUGGGCUGGGUUGCCGUGAGCCAGAAGCCAGUUCCCUAUGUGAAGGAGAUGAAUGAUGCUGCCAUUUUCUACACUAACAGAGUUCUGAAAGACUAUAAAGACUCAGACAAGCGUCAUGUGGAGUGGGUGAGGUCCUACCUAUCCAUCUGGACUGAGCUUCAGGCCUUCAUUAAACAGUAUCACACAACAGGCCUGGUCUGGAGCAAGACUGGUCCCAUUGCGCCUCCCUCUCUGUUCUCCCCUGCCCCUGGUGGUCCCUGCCCCCCUCCCCCUCCACCACCUCCACCCCCUGGACCGCCACCAGUCUUCACAGGCGAACCGCCCCAGGCCGACAGCACCACGGCCCAGCAUUCAGCUCUCUUCGCCCAGCUGAAUCAAGGAGAAGCCAUCACUAAAGGUAGCCAAGCCACCGUCACCCAGGGGUUGAAGAGCUCUGAUCCAACUGCAGAAGUGGGAGAGAGGGAGGGAGGGAAAAGGAGGAGGAGGAGAAACAGAAGAAGAAAGGGAGGGAGAGUUGAAGAGGGAGGAUGUGGGUUGAAUCAACAGUUACAGAGUCCUGAGAGCACCACUGCCCAGCACUCAGCCCUGUUCGCCCAGCUGAACCAGGGAGCUGACAUCACUAAAGCAUUAAAGCACAUCUCAAAGGACCAGAUGACCCAUAAGAACUCCGCCCUUCGCUCCCAGGGAGGAGAGCAUCAUGCCUCCCCACCCAAGAGCCGAAACCCCGGAGGCUCCUCCAACAGAGCGCCUCCCCAGAAACGACCCCCCCUACUGGAGCUGGAGGGGAAGAAAUGGAGGGUGGUACGCAGCCACAUGUAG